GGACAAGGAUACGGAAAAACGGACAUUUGGAUACAAGCACGGCGAAACAGUGCUAUGUAAAGGUUUUUCAUGUAAAAAAAUAAAGUUUCGUGUUCGAAAAUUUCCAAAAUUGAAUGAAGUAUCCGUUCUCCCAAGCUUGUCACAAAUAAAAGGCAAAGCUUUAGAUCAAAACCCAGAUGAUUAAAAUGAUGAUACCGAGUGCCUUUGUAAUGGAGUACAAGAAAAUCAUGCCUCGUACACUAAAAUUUCCUAAAAUUGGAAUUUUUUAUACAGUAUUGGUUAUAAGAAAUAAAGAUGGCAAAUUAUUUCAAGAAGCUGAGCUAUCAAAAACCUCUGGGAUUAUCAUGGAGAAUGGCAUACAUUUUUUCAAGAUACUUCUUAAUGCUGAUAUUCAAGCAGGAAAAAUUAGGAUGCCUAAAAUGUUUGUGAAAGAGCAUGGAAACAGUUUGUCGAAUCCAGUAAUACUUGAGGUCCCUAUAAAUGAAACAUGGGAAGUAGAGUUGUCUAGGCCGGAUGAUGAUGUUUGGUUAGAUAAGGGCUGGAAAGAAUUUGCAGAUUUCUACUCUCUGGAACAUGGGAGCUUUUUACUUUUUAGAUAUGAAGGUGAUUGUCGUUUCUCCAUGAAGAUAUGCGAGAAGGGUGGUUUGGAGAUAACAUACCCUAUCGGUCAUGCCUCUUCUUCGAGACAGAAAGCUCCUGGAAAAAGGCAAGUGCGUUAUUGCGAUAGAUAUAAAGAUGCUAGCUCUGAUGAUGAUCACGUGGAUCAAUCGAAGAAUUUACAUAAUGCUUAUGUUGAUGGUCAUGCCUCUUCUGUGAGACAGAAAGCUGCUGGAAAGAGGCAAGUGCCUUACUGUGAUAGAUAUAAAGAUGCUAGCUCUGAUGAUGAUCAUGGGGAUCAAUCGAAGAAUUUACGUAAUGCUUAUGUCGAUGAUGGUCAUGCCUCUUCUGUGAGACAGAAACCUUCUGGAAACAGGCAAGCGCCUUACUGCGAUAAAUAUAAAGAUGCUAGCUCUGAUGAUGACCAUGGGGAUCAAUCGAAGAAUCUAGGUAAUGCUUAUGUUGAUGAUGGUCAUGCCUCUUCUGUGAGACAGAAAGCUGCUGGAAAGAGGCGAGUGCGUUACUGUGAUAGAUAUGAAGAUGCUAUCUCUGAUGAUGAUCAUGGGGAUCAAUCAAAGAAUUACCGUAAUGCUUAUGUUGAUGAUUACAAGGAAAAAAGGAAGAGUGAUGUCUCAAAAUUGGCUUCUGACUCUACUAGAGGAAUCAAAGAAACCAUAGUCAAGAAACGUGGUCGUCCUAAGUCAAGUAAACAGUCUGAGAAACCUCAAGUUUCCGCAACAAAAACUGCUUGGUUCAUGCAAGGUGAUAAAGCUGAGAAGAGAUCCGACAUUAAAAUGAAACAUCCAUUUAUUGAACUUGUUCUGAAAGACUAUCACAGAUUCAGCUUGGUGAUAACCAAAGGUUUUGCUAAUAGCAGUGGCCUCAUAAACAUGAGAAAAACUUGUAUUCAAGAUCCUGUCGGAAGGCAAUGGCCACUAUUGGUCCACAUAAUGAGUACUAACCAGCUUCGCUUGAGCACCGGCUGGUCUAACUUUUAUCGAGCUAAUGAACUGGCUACAGGGGAUACUUUGGUUCUUUACUCCAAGCUAGGAUUCGGUUCACUCAUUAUUGCCGAAGUUCAUAAAUGUGGUCGACCCGAGCUUUAACUUCUUUUCUGCUGCAUCCUAGCUUUAAACUUGCUGACCAUGUUCUUAUAACUAGUAUGUUUGUUUAGUAUGGUUAAACUGCAGCUUUGUGCUCUCAAAGGAUUAGCUUUAUUUGUGUGUGUUUUCUCUUUUAGUUUGAUGUUCUCUUUUUCAGCCAAGUUUGUAUAAAUUUCUGUCGGAUUAUUUUCUCUAUCAACCAAGCAGAUAUUGAAUUA